UUCGUGUGCGGCUACACACAUCUUUCGACGAUACCAUCGGAAGCGCAAACCAGUAGUACAUGUUCUUAUCGAUAUGAGAGCGCAUGAGAGUACCAUUUAGUGCUUUUCACUGUAAACGUGGGUGUAGUGAGUUGUGUGGUUGAACCGGGUAUCAAAUUUUGAAAUAGCUGUUGACGCGUCCGCCAUAGUGGUGAUCCGAAAUUUGAUCCAGUAGCUAUUGACGUGAAGACAGAUUCCAUUCUUUCCGGUGGACCAUGAUGGGUGGCGCCGCAUCUGUUUGGACCCUAUUGGCGUUGACUUGCAGCGUUUUAGCGGUACCAGUGCCGGACGGAGGGGUAGAUGUCAGUGGUACUAUCGACGCAAAGAUUCCACCCAUUUUAUCCUUCGAUAAAGGGGGUAAUGUCGGGGUAAACUUUUUGGGAUUCAAAGCAUCAGCUGGAUUGGGGGGACUUCUGACUGGCGAUACUAGCUUGGGUGGACUCCACGCCGAAGCUGAAACUCCCUUCGGUCAGAAAGCUGGAGCCGGUUUAGGGGGUGCAGUCGACGCCAAUGGAAGAUCGGCUGGAGGCCUAUACGCAGGCGCGACUGCCGGAGGAGGGGUGGGUGCCGCUGCAGGAAUAGACGGGGAGGCUGGUGUGGGAGGAAGAUCCUAUGCGGGAGCUUCAGCAGGAGGAAUUUCCAAAACGGUCAUCAAAGAGACCCCAGCCCAAGCCUCUUUCAGCGGUGCCAUAGGGGUAAGCAAACACGUGGCCGCGGUACCUGCGGCUACUCAAAUCGAUGUGGUGGAAGAAAAACCAUCGGCACCCACCAAAACCUACAUAGAGCGCACAGUGGUACCGAAUUACGUGGAGAAAACGAUUCAGGUACCUAGUUACGUAGAGAAGACUAUACGGGUGCCCACAGUGGUGGAGAAAACGGUUAGAGUACCUGCUCCUCCUACCAUCAUAGAGAAGCGGGUGGACGUUCCUCCGCCGCAAGUGGAUUUCGGCAAAUCCGUCGUGAUUGAGAAGGGAGUGGUGCCAGCACCGCCACCUACAGUGACGGUGGUCGAAAAAACUAAAACUAAGUUCCACAGGAGACCUCACCUGCAUUACAGGAAGAAGAUAUACAUCGACAGCGUACCAGACGAAGGAGUCUAUGGAGGGUACGGGGGUUACGGUAGUUACGGAGGUUAUGGUGGUUACGAAGGCGGUGGUACCUUGGCCGGUACCGCGACGGUUAGGAAAACGUUCAACCCGCAGUUCAUACAGGAUAUAUUCAACAUUCCGAUCGCGACCCUGGGGGCGGUCAGUAACCUGGUGGGCGGUAUAGCGGGCGGCGGGAGUGUUUCAGUGUCCAAGACUAUUAACUAAAAGUUACCGAUAUAAAAGACAGUUGUAAUUGACAAUAAUGGCGUCCAAAUCGCUCGGUGUUUGCGUGGUCGCAGUUCAAAAUUCAGAGCAUCUGAACUCUUUCAUAAAUAUAGCAGUUUUGUUUUAUUUUCAUAAUAAAAUUUACCCGAUU